UCCAGGCACUCACUUCCCCAGCUGCUGACGUCAGCUGGCAGCCUGGGCUGUGCUCGCCGCUCCGGACAUAGCGCCGAGAAAAAUGCUGCUCUCCGUACCGCCAAGGGCAGGAAUCAACCCAUACAACGGCUAUAACAGCAGAAACAGCAAAAAGCAGGCCUAUGUGUCCUCCGGCCAUCAGAUGGCGCCCCCCAGUCCCAACACUAACAGUAGCAGCAACAGCAGUGGGGGAGGGGAACAGCUGAGUAAAACUAACCUGUACAUCCGCGGCCUCCAUCCGGGGACCACAGACCAAGACCUGGUCAAGCUCUGCCAACCGUAUGGCAAGAUUGUGUCGACCAAGGCCAUCUUGGACAAAACCACCAACAAAUGUAAAGGAUAUGGCUUUGUGGACUUUGACAGUCCAGCAGCAGCACAGAAAGCUGUUACAGCUCUGAAGUCCAGUGGGGUCCAGGCUCAGAUGGCCAAACAACAAGAGCAGGACCCCACCAACCUCUACAUCUCCAACCUGCCAGUGUCUAUGGAUGAGCAAGAGCUAGAGAGCAUGCUCAAGUCCUUUGGCCAGGUCAUUUCCACACGCAUCCUCCGAGAUGCUAACGGGACCAGCCGCGGCGUGGGGUUUGCCAGAAUGGAAUCCACGGAGAAGUGCGAGGCCAUAAUUCAGCAUUUCAAUGGCAAAUUCAUCAAGACUCCACCGGGAGUGCCUGUGCCCACAGAGCCCUUAUUAUGUAAGUUUGCAGACGGAGGCCAGAAGAAGAGGCAGAACCAGGGGAAGUACCUCCACAAUGGAAGGCCCUGGGCUAGAGAUGGAGAUACGGGAGGAAUGACGCUUGCGUAUGACCCCACAGCCUUACAAAAUGGCUUCUACUCCUCACCCUACAGUCUGGCUCCAAACCGAAUGAUCGCCCAGACUUCUCUCUCACCUUACAUGCAUUCUCCUGUCUCAUCCUACCAGGUACACAGCCCGUCCUGGAUGCACCAUCAGUCAUACCUCAUGCAGCCAGCUGGUACAGUUCUUACCCCGACAAUGGAUCACGCCAUGUCCAUCCAGCCCACAUCCAUGAUGGGACCUCUUGCCCAGCAGCUAAGCCACCUGUCCCUGGGCAGCACGGGCACAUAUAUUCCGGCCAACACAACUAUGCAGGGGACCUACAUCCCCCAGUACACCCCAGUGCCUCCCUCCAGUGUCCCAGUAGAGGAAAAUGGUGGUCAACAGCAACAGGUUGCCAUGGAGACUCCUGCAGAACACACAAACUACUCAUACCAACACACCAAGUGAAGCUAAGCUCCAGCAGGGUGGGGCCGAGGGCACGAGAUGAAUCCAACCAAACAGGAUUCAGCUGGAAGAGAACUGUGCUCUGUGACAUCACCAAGCACCCGGACUUGAACAUGGAUAACAAAAGGAACAUGUGUGCUUGUGUUUGUGUGUACGUUUGUUUGUGUGUGUGUGUGCACAUGCGUGCGUGUGUGUGUGUGUGUGUGUGUGUGUGUGUGCGUGUGUGUAAAUGUCUGUAUUUUUUUCUUUUUCUUUUUUUUUUUUUUUUUAAGAAAACGGACAACACUUACAUCAUUGGACUUUCCUGAUCACAUCCUCAAGCGUUGAUCAACCAAAGGUGGGAAUCUUCUUCACAGAAGCUUUGAUCUAUUUUGAUAACUGAAAAAAAGGAACACAAGAAGUUAAAAAAAAAAAAAAUGGAAAAAAAAACUUAA